AUGGUGAUGAUGAUGGUGAUGGUGAUGGUGGUGCUGGUGCUGACGGUGGCCCUGGCGGUGGCAGGACUGGUAAUGAAGAUGGCGGAGGUGUCUUCCCGCAGAAGAGCGACGUCGUCUGGCAGUGCAAAUCCACAGCCGUCCGACACCAUGGAGCUGGAAGGCAAAGGAAGAGAGAGGCAGAAAUGCAGAAGAUGUGGCAAAUGGAAAAGGCAGAAAGAACCGAAAAAGACACAAAAAGAAGAAGAUCUGACAGAAAUCGCAAGAAAGGAAGAGCAGGAAGCUUGUUCCACGAAACCCCGGGUCAGCAAGUCUCUUCUAGAAACUCUGUGGGCCAAGUUUAAGCUGACCCGGACACCCAGCGUGCGGGACUACCUGUGGCUGUCCUUUGAAUUUAACAUGACAGGUGCACAGAUUCGUCAGUGGUUUUAUGAAAAGAGGAAGCAAUACAGCAAGGAAAUGUACAAACACAGGCGUAAGAAGAGACAAGAGAGGUAA